AUGUCUUCCCCAGUUCUUCACAAAUGCACCGACGCCUUGGUCACCCCGGUCAAGGUCACCGUCCACUUCUCCACGACCGACAGAGUCGGUGCUCUCGACGAGUGUCUGGCCGCCAUCAAGGCCAUGAACAUUUCUCUCACCCGCAUUGAAUCGCGACCGAGCAAGACCUCCGAGCGGGACUAUGAUUUCUUUGUCGACUUUGAUGCCGUCAAUGCUGAACAGGUCAGCCAGGCCACCAAAUCGCUUGCGGGUCUGGCCAAGCAGGUCCACGUCGUAGGCACAGGUGGUGCUUCUGAGCUGCCAGAGUCGACGCCAUGGUUUCCUCGCAAGAUGGUCGACCUGGAUACGUUUGCUGACAAAGUGCUUGAGAUGGGCGAAGAACUUGAUGCCGACCAUCCUGGUGCAAAGGAUGCAGUCUACCGAGCGCGCCGUGCCGAGAUAACCAAGAUUGCAAAGACUUAUCGAACUGGCCAGUCUAUUCCUCACGUCGAGUACACGCAGGUCGAGAUCGACACUUGGACGACUGUCUUCAACAAGCUGAUCACCAUGUUCCCGACCCACGCCUGCAGAGAGCACCAAUACGUCUUCCCACUGCUCGUCCAAAAUUGUGGCUAUGGACCCUCCAAAAUCCCUCAGCUCGACGGUGUUUCCAAGUUUUUGAAGGACUGCACCGGUUUCACCCUACGACCUGUCAUGGGUCUGCUGACAAGCCGCGAUUUUUUGAACGGCCUAGCCUUUAGGGUCUUCCACUCGACCCAAUACAUUCGACACCACUCCAAACCACUGUACACUCCAGAACCGGACGUUUGUCAUGAGCUCCUGGGACAUGUGCCUCUGUUCGCCAACCCAGACUUUGCAGAUUUUUCACAGGAGAUUGGUCUGGCCUCCUUGGGUGCGAGUGAUUCGGAUAUUGAACACCUUGCAACCAUCUACUGGUUCACAGUUGAGUUUGGUCUCUGUCGUCAGGAUGACCAGCUCCGUGUUUAUGGUGCUGGAUUGUUGUCCUCAUUUGGUGAACUCGAGUAUUGCCUCAGUGACAAGCCCGAGAUCAGACCAUUUGAGCCCGCCAAGGUCGCACAGCAAAAGUAUCCGAUCACGGAGUACCAGCCUGUGUACUUUGUUGCAGAGUCCUUCAAGGAUGCACAGAUGCGCGUUCGACAGUUUGCGAAUUCUCUGCAGAGACCUUUCUCUGUCCGGUACAAUGCUUACACGGAGAGCAUUGAGAUUCUGGACUCGAAGGACAAGGUCUUGCGAUAUGCACAGUCCAUCAAGACCGACAUGCUGACGCUUGUCGAUGCCCUGGAGAGGCUCGCUUAA